UUUGAUGUUUUCAACUUUUCAAAGUAAAAAGUAAAUACAUAUUAUCGUGGUAUAUACCACACAUAGAAAAACAUCAAGAAACAAAAUUAAUAAGUGUAUAAUUCUCCAAAAAAUCAGGCAGAAACCAUAAUUCAUUUUCGGUUAAGCAAUUUAAUAUAGUAUAAUACUUUCUGACUACAGAAGAAAUUCAUAAGCACUUUAGUUUUAAAUUGAUUUGUAUUUAUAUUUCAAACCUGAGAGUAUUUUAGUGAAAAGAAAUUUAAAAACUCAAAAUAAUUUUGUAAAAAGAUGAAAAUAAAUAGUAAUACGAAAAUAAUUGGUAGUAAAACAAUAUUAGUUCCUUAUCGAGAAUAUCAUGUCCCAAACAGGUAUCAUAAUUGGAUGCAGUCAGAAGAAUUACAACAACUUACAGCUUCCCAACCUUUAUCAUUGGAUGAAGAAUAUGACAUGCAAAAAUCCUGGAGAGAAGAUGAAGAUAAGUGCACUUUCAUCAUUCUCGAUAAGAGUAUUUACGAGUCAAAGAAUGAUGAAAUAACAUCAAUGAUUGGAGAUACAAAUAUAUUUAUGACUGACAAAGAUAAUUCCAUUGGUGAAAUAGAGAUCAUGAUAGCAGAAAAAUCUGCUCUAGGUAAAAGAUUUGGAUGGGAAUCAGUUAUUAUUAUGAUGUUAUAUGGGAUAAAAUUUGUUAAUAUUAAAAUCUUUGAAGCAAAGAUAUCUUAUUCAAAUGUUGUUAGUAUUAAUAUGUUUAAAAAAUUAGGGUUCGUUGAGAAGUCGAGAAGUGAUAUGUUUGAAGAAAUAACUUUUCACAAGAUUGUUACCGAAGAUUGGGUAGAGUGGUUGGAUCAACAAAUUAGAUGGGAAAUAGAAAAUUGUUAAUUAUUUGCCUA